CAGAUCGAUUAAAGUUAAUGCACUGUAUCUAAUGACCAACCAUUGAUCGAUUUGAAGUCGCUUUUCAAAGUGUGACUGGGUACAUCCGGAACUUUACCACACACUUGAUAUAAAAUGAUAUUCAUCGGAGACAUCGAUUCCUGUCUAUAAGUUGUUAAGCUGAGGUUGGAAUACUACGUCAUGUCGUCCGAAUACGAGAGAUUCAACAACGAGGACGUAGAGGGCGGGAAACAGGCUGUACCUCCGAGUUAUGGGACAAUUGGUGAGGCUCCCAGCGCUCCUGCAUAUCCUGUUCAACAGUCCCCUCCGCAGAAUACGGGACAGCAACCUGCGACACUAAUUACUCUUGGAAAAAUUCCUCAGGUCUCUGGUCAGCAGACGAUGGUGCAUGUUGCCGCCGGGCCUAUCCCGAAGGAUUAUUUUGGAUUUGCGCUCUUCGUUACAAUCUGCUGCUGCCUACCAUUUGGUGUCGUUGGCCUCGUCAAAUCAAGCGAGGUGAAGAGUCGUGCGGCAGUAGGAGAUUAUACCGGAGCAACAAUCUCGUCAUCUGAGGCUCGACGCUGGUCAUGGACUGGCUGCAUUACCGGAGUGAUUAUGUGGGUUAUUGGUCUCGUUAUGACGUGUGUCUACAUAGGUCUUGUGGCUGCCUGUAACGCUGGAAAUUGCUAAAAUUACUAAACAUGGUCGGCUCUACAGAAUGGCGAUCGCCCUCAAUGAUUUCCAAUUGAAAGACAAGAAGAAA